GGAAUUACCUGGAUUUCUGCAUAAAAUGACGAUAAAAUUGGAUCUUCGUCUAAGUCACAACAAUAGACAAACAGUAAAUAUUUCAUGGCGUUGCGCAAUGUGGGCAUCUAGCGCAGCCAUGACUGUCUUGAGAAUGCAGAUCUGUAUUCUCGCGGUAGAGCACAUAUCUCGUUCUGGUGAAAGAGGGCUACAACAACAAGACCUGUUAACUUUCAAAAUCAAGUGUCAAGCCUUCAAUGUCUGAACCCAAGUCCACAGAGUCCCCGGGUUCUGGCUGUGGUGUUCCAGCCCAGAGAAGCUCACAGCAGGGUCCAGAGAUGGUCUCAGUGAAGCUGGAGGACUGCAGUCAAACACUGGAACUUAAUGUGAUUGUCAAAGAGGAAUGGGAGGAGAGAGGAAUCGAGGAGGAGAGAGAAGUCAAAGAGGUAGAUCAGAGAGCAGUCAAAGAGGAGGUGGAGGAGAGAGGAGUGAAAGAGGAAGUGGAGAAGAGAGAAGUCAAAAAGGAAGUAGAGAUGGCAGUCGAAGAGCAUGAGAGAACAGUCAAAGAAGAAGAAGAGCAGGGGGCGCGAACAGUUAAAGAAGAAGAGCAGGGGGAGCGAACAGUCAAAGAAGAAGAGCAGGGGGAGCGAACAGUCAAAGAAGAAGAAAAAGAGCAGGGGGAGCAAACAGUCAAAGAAGAAGAAGAGCAGGGGGAGCAAACAGUCAAAGAAGAAGAAGAGCAGGGGGAGCAAACAGUCAAAGAAGAAGAGCAGGGGGAGCGAACAGUCAAAGAAGAAGAAGAGCAGGGGGAGCAAACAGUCAAAGAAGAAGAGCAGGGGGAGCGAACAGUCAAAGAAGAGCAGGAGAGAGCAGCCAAAGAAGAGCAGGGGGAGAGAGCAUUCAAAGAAGAAGAGGAGAACAGGAAUGUGUCUGCUCCAGAUCUAGAGGAAGAGGAGGAAGUAGAUAGUAUCCCUGACCCAGGAGAGAGCUCCCAUCCAGGCUCAGACAGCGAUCCCAGUACCACAGCAUCAGGAAACCAUAAACGCAGGCAGAGGAACUCAAGACAGAAACAUCACAACAGCAUGGACUGCUUCACUGGUUUCUAUGAACCAGAGGAGUUGAAAAGGCACACUUGUAGGCCCCACCCCUGUUCAGAUUGCAGAGGCAGUUUUAUUUGUCCAAUUCACUUCAAAUCACACCAACAAACUCUCAAAAUAAAGAAAAUGUACCCGUGCCCUCAUUGUGAGAAGAGUUUUCAGACCCCAAGCAGCUUGAAGACGCACCAGCUUAAUCACAAGGGAAAGAAGUCGUACCACUGCUUUCAGUGUGGGAAGAGGUUCUGUCGUGUAGACACCUUAAAGGCUCACAAGAGAAUACACACAGGAGAGAAGCCUUUUCACUGUUCUCAGUGUGGGAAGAGCUUCAGUGAUAUAGGAAAUCGAAAUAAACACCAGAGAAUACACACAGGAGAGAAGACUUACCACUGCUCUGAGUGCGGGAAAAGUUUCAAUCAGUUAUCACAUUUAAAACCACACCAGCUAACUCACACAAGUGAGAAGCCUUUUCACUGCUCUCAGUGUGGGAAAUGUUUCAGUCUGUCAUCAUAUCUGAGGAAGCACCAGGUAAUGCACACAGAAGAGAAACCAUACAGCUGUGAUCAUUGUGGGAAGAGUUUUAAAUCGGAAGGAAUCCUUAAGCGUCAUCAGAGAAUACACAGUGGAGAGAAGACUUACCACUGCUCAGAGUGUGGGAAGUGUUUCAGUGUGUCGUCAUAUCUGAAGAGACACCAGCUAACUCACACAGGAUUAAAGUCACACCACACAGGAAUAAAGUCACAACACUGUUCCCACUGUGGGAAGAGCUUCAGUAAGAAAGCUGACCUAAAGAAACAUCAGAGAACACACACAGGGGAGAAGCCUUUCCACUGCUCCCAAUGUGGGAAGAGCUUUAAUGAGAAAGGAAAUCUAAAGCAACACCAGAGAAAACACUCAGGAGAGAAGCCUUGCCACUGCUCCCAAUGUGGAAAAAGCUUCAGUUGGUUAAUAGACCUAAAGAAACAUCAGAAAGUACACAAAGAGGAGAAGCCUUUCCACUGCUCCCAAUGUGGGAAGAGCUUCAAUGAGAAAGGAAAUCUAAAGCAACACCAGAGAAGACACUCAGGAGAGAAACCGUACAGCUGUGAUCAGUGUGGGAAUUGUUUUAAAUGGAAACAAAGCCUGAAGGAACAUCAGAAGGCAAAGCACAGUGCAGUGCCAGACCAUGGCCUUAUAAUUAUGUUGCCAAGCUGGGCAUCUACAUCUAAUUAAUAUUGACACUAACCAGAUUUCCAUCUAACCUUUUUGUGUGAGUAAACUUGGCUGUAAGCUUUUCAAAUGUCGACAAAACAAAAUAUGCUUGACAAGGUGGGGAUCUUUUUGCGUCUGUAAAAUGUAUUAUGUGAGAAAUGUUGGUGGAAAUGCUCUUAUGUGUUAAUAUUGAUAUAGUAAUCAUCAUAUCAGCAAUCAUCAUAUGGGGCGGCAGGUAGCCUAGUGGUUAGAGCGUUGGGCCAGUAACCGGCGUCGGGCCAGUAACCGGCGUCGGGCCAGUAACCGGCGUCGGGCCAGUAACCGUCGGGCCAG